CAGGAAGUUGUCAUGUGACUCCCGGUCCCGCCCCCUGUGUAUCAGGAGCAGCGGUGAUUGUGUGUGAGGCACUGGCCACCUGACCUGUUGUAUGCCACAGAGAAGAGCCGAGUCCGUGAAGAUAAGAGAACGGUGUAAUGUCCUCCAAGAAGUUUUGACACAUCAACGUCUGUUCUCCCGUCCAGCAUUAUAGUUUACUGUUGUUUUCAAUGAUCCGAGUCUUGACAGAGGAAGUCAGAGGCCGUUUGCGUUCCGGAGUGGCCGUUACUUCGGUUGGACAGUGUGUUGAAGAGCUCCUCCUGAACAGCGCCGAUGCUCAUGCCUCCUGCGUUGCUGUGCGCGUUGACCUCGAGGUUUUCAAAGUCCAGGUUGUGGACAAUGGCUGCGGCCUGUGCAUGGAAGACAUGGACAGGGUGGGGGUGAGGUAUUUUACAAGCAAAUGCCAUUCAAUAAAGGAUUUAGAGAACUUGAAGUUUUAUGGGUUUCGUGGAGAAGCCAUUGCAAGCAUGGUCGAUGUCUGCAGUGUAGUAGAAGUCUGUUCUAGGCACAAGAAUACAGAUAGAACAUUUACUAAACUCUUCCAGAACGGAAAACCACGGGCAGUGCAGGAAGCCGUGACCGAACGUCCCAGCCCAGGGACCACAGUCACUUUAUAUAACCUGUUUUAUAAUAUGCCAGUGCGUAGAAAGUGUGUAGACCAGGUGCUGGAACUGGAAAGGAUUCGACAGAAAGUGGAAGCCGUGUCUCUCGUGAAUCCAUCCAUCUCCUUUUCCCUGAAGAACGACGUUCUUCAUUCUAUAGUUCUCCAGUUACCAAAAACCAAGGACGUAUCGUCUCGCUUUUGCCAAAUCUAUGGACUGAGCAGAUCUCGGAACCUCAGAGAAGUCCAGCACGCGCUGAACGGUUUUAGUAUUAAUGGGCUCAUCAGUCGGGAGGGGCACUACAACAGGGCAAUGCAGUUUUUGUAUGUUAACAACCGAUUUGUGCUGAGAACAAGGUUACACAAACUUAUUGACUUUAUUUUAAGGAAAGAAAGUAUAAUAUGCAGGCCAAAGACCAGCCUGGUGGGCAAAACCAAUGGCAGUCCUGGCCGCCACCGGUCUAGUUGCGAUCUGUAUGGGAUCUUUGUAAUAAACAUCCAGUGUGGUUACUAUGAGUACGAUGUUUGCUUUCAGCCUGAUAAAACAUUGAUUGAAUUCCAAGACUGGAGCAACAUCUUGCUGGGCGUUGAGCAAGGGGUGAAGGCUUUUCUGCAGAGAGAGAACCUGUUUUCAGAGGCUUCAAAGGAUGAGAUAACUGAAUUUAACCAGAGACACCAUUUCUCCUUAUCAUGCCGUGAUUCUCAACACGAAGCGGAUCAGGAGCUGGCUUCAUCUUGGAAUGCUCAUCUGAAAUCAAAGCCUGUGUGUCGCAGUAACCUGGUCAGCGCACACAAGUCACAGGGGGCUGGAGACACAAGUGACAUAGAUAAUGACCAGAGCCCCAGAGACAGCACAGGGAAAUCUGUCUGUCCCACUUUGCGCGUGGAUUCCGGGGAUCGCAAGAUAGAUGAACAGAAUGUAAGGACUGAGGAAGAGCAUAUAGAGGAAGGGAUAAAAGGAGGUGACGUACUGGCUUUAGCUGCGGAUCAGGCCAAACACGCGGCAACAUCUGCCUACAAUAACCAGGAGACAGCUGACAGUGCAAGGCCUCAUUCCUGGGUAGGAAAUGUCUUGGCGUGUGGACUUGUCAAUGAGGAGAGCUUAGAGGGACAACACAGUCAGAGCGGACCAUUCUCUGUUUCUGGCAGACGUUUUAGUGCUCUAUCAGAAGAACCUGAACGUAAUAUCUCAGAGACUCCACCACCAACGGACGUUACUAGGAGGACAAUUCUGUUCCAGAACAGUUCUCUCCGUGAUACAGAAACAGCUGGAAAUAAAAUGACAAAGGGAAACUCAGAGAACGAUUUUGAAGAAGAGCAUAAUGAUUUAGAUGUUACGCCUUCAGUAUUAAGACUUAGAAAAAGUCACCAGGAAAUUAAAGGUCCCGUUGUUUUAAAAUAUAAAAGUGACAACCUCACCACAGAGAGACCAAAUAAACGAAAACUUAUAAAGCUGCAUUCAGCUGCAAACCUUGAUUCAUUGGACAAAUUCAGAAGACUUUACAAAAAGGUCCCGACCUCAGACAAUCACCCUGCUGGCAGAGGCAGCCUGCAACUGAGGCCCCCAGAUGAACCUGAGCAGAUGGAAACCAACAGCACGCAUCAUUCUGAUGACUCGUGUCGUGCAGUUAGAGAUCUGCCACCCAACACACUGCAGGACAUGGCUCGGACUCCAGCAGUGGGCACAGGGGAAGCGUCCACUGAGAUGGACGUCAGCCCCUUGACACUAUCUGAUUACGUCAGUUCAAAUCUGAAAGAGCAGAGUGGUUCGAAAUGUCGUAGUUCAUUGACUGCAAAGCUGUUCAAGCUGAAGGAGAUGGAGGUGGCUUCCUGCCCCAUGGAUACACCAACUGGAGGCUUAUCUGUCAAUAGUAUGACUCCCGCUGAGCCAUCGGUCAUACUGCUGAACCAAAGUGCACCACUCCCCUCAGCUACUCAGGGCAAUAAUGUAAUUAAUACUAACAGCAGUCCACCAAUCGGUGAGCAGAAAUGGCCAUCCAGUGACGCUGGGGCAGAGGAGCUCCACACAGAUGACUGUCCCACAGAGGCACCCAGGUGGCUGCAGUGUUACGAAGAGUCUCUAGGGAGGAGCGUCUUCAUCAACACAAGCACAGGACUCAGCAGUUACAGCGCCCCCACGGUGGACAGGAGGACUGCAUGCACCAAAGACUUAUCUAAUAUGUCUGUGAAUGUAGUGUGCAAUAAUGGGUGUCAGUACCAGUGUUACCCUUUUAGGAGCGAGGUCGUCAUACCAUCCCUGCCCAGAGCAGAGAGAGGCCCUGUAGAGCACGGAGGAGGUAGGGACAGCACUGUAUCCCAAUACUUUGCAUUCAGUGUCAUACACAAUAUAGGAACUGUUUCUUCCUCUGCAGGUAACGGUCCCUUGCAGUCUCUGUACUCGGAAUGGAAAAACCCAGUGUUUGUGCGACCUCCCCUGGUGGCGGUGGAUGUGAGCAGUGGAAACGCGGACGCUCUUGCUGUGAAGAUACACAAUAUAUUAUACCCGUAUCGCUUUACCAAGGAAAUGAUUCACACAGUGAAGGUUCUACAGCAAGUAGACAACAAGUUCAUCGCAUGUUUGAUGGAUACACAGGCAGAACAGAUAGAUGGUAAAGCAGGUGGCAAUCUCCUGGUAUUAGUGGACCAGCAUGCAGCCCACGAACGCGUCCGGCUGGAGCAGCUAAUUGCAGACUCUCUUCAGCCUUCAGAAGAAGACUGCGAGCGACGUCUUAAGGUCUCAGUGGUGAACCCUCCUUUACAGCUGGACAUUACAGAGGAACAAUCCCGUCUCCUCAGGAGCCGCGCUGGAAUGCUGGAGAGAGUCGGGCUAUCCCUCACGUUUCCCGACUCCGGAAGCAACCACGUGCUAGUGGGCGAGAUCCCCCUGUGUUUUGUGGAGAAAGAAGCCAGCGAAACUCAUCGUGGGAGGACCACAGUAGCCAAAAAAAUAGUAGAGGAGCUUCUGCAGGAGCAAGUGCAGCUGUUGCAGGUCCCAGGGGCCGGACCAGGAACUCUCCCAGGGACUGUCCUCCGUGUGCUGGCGUCACAGGCCUGUCAUGGGGCGGUGAAGUUUAAUGAUCCCCUCAGCUUGGACGAGUGCAGGCACCUGGUACAUUCCCUGGCACGAUGCUCUCUCCCGUUCCAGUGUGCGCAUGGGAGACCGGCCAUCCUACCUCUCGCAGAUCUGCUGCACAUGGAACCCGAGCAUGAGGUUUCUCCAAAACCCAAUAUGACCCGCCUGAAGCGGCAGCACAGAGCUUGGCAGCUGUUUGGAAAGCAGUCUUCUGUCUCUGGAGCGGACAAUAACCACAAAGACACAUGCAGACCCCUGACACACGUAGACUGGCACUGA